CGUAUUUUGCGGAAGAGAAAGAAAUAAACACUAUUCGACAAAGCAGGGAAGGGCUAUUUCAGGAACGAAACCGUGAAAGUGACCUGUCCAUCAUGCUCGGUGGUGGAUUCAAAGCAGAGAGACUUCGAGUCAAUCUCCGGCUGGUCAUCAACCGCCUCAAGCUGCUGGAGAAGAAGAAAACUGAACUAGCCCAGAAGGCACGGAAGGAGAUAGCGGACUACCUGUCGUCGGGGAAGGAUGAACGGGCCCGUAUCCGGGUGGAGCACAUCAUCAGGGAGGACUACCUGGUGGAGGCCAUGGAAAUUCUGGAGCUGUACUGCGACCUGCUGCUGGCCCGCUUCGGCCUCAUCCAGUCCAUGAAAGAGCUAGACCCUGGCCUUCAGGAAGCAGUGUCCACACUCAUCUGGGCUGCACCUCGUCUGCAGUCUGAAGUCUCAGAGCUUAAGAUUGUGUCUGACCAGCUGUGUGCGAAAUACAGCAAGGAGUACGGCAAGCUGUGCAGGACAAACCAGAUCGGAACAGUCAAUGACAGGCUCAUGCACAAGCUGAGCGUGGAGGCCCCGCCAAAGAUCCUGGUGGAGCGCUACCUCAUUGAGAUCGCCAAGAACUACAACGUUCCUUACGAGCCGGACGCCAUGGUCAGGCCUGAAGCGUGCGUGGGCGAGGAGGCCGACCUCAUAGAUGUGAACAGUGACAGCAAGAAGCCGGGGGGAGGAGGAGGAGGAGGGGGCGGCUUCACCGCACCCCCAGCGGCCAUGCCCAUGCCCAUGCCCAUCGGCUUCAACUACCCACCCCCAAAAGGAGCAGAGCCCUUCAACGGCCCUGUGGGCACCUACGACGGCUUCAGCAACUUCCAGCCCCCAGUGAGAGGAGGGCAGCCCCCGCAGCUGCCCAGCUGCCCCCCCACCUACGAGUCUAUUGAUGAUCUGGCCGUCAAACCCUCUGUUCCUCCCCAGGUUUUUGGUCCUGGCCCCUCCUCCUCCCAGGUGAACGACACCGCCCUCCCUGAGCUCCCCUCAGUUCCCGACACGCUCCCAGCCUCCUCGUUCGGCGGGAGCUCUGCGCCCUCUGACGACAUCGACUUCGACGACCUGACACGGCGCUUCGAGGAGCUGAAGAAGAAGACUUAACUCUUCAGCGCUCUGCCUCUCGUACUCUCACUCCGGCUACCAGGAAGGGGGAAACCCCGGUCAAUGUAGGAUACGAACUCUGUUGCUAUAAAGAUUUAGUCACUGUCCUUACACCUCUCCUUACAGACCCUAAUGUUAUUUUAAUUUAGAUCAGCACAGAAUGGUGUCUCACUGGCUACGGGGAAUGUUUAGAAUAAAAUUUGUUUUUAAGAUAACCCUGUGAACAAAUGACCUCACUUCCCUUACUCAAAAUAAAGGCACAUUUUAUUAUUGAGUUGUGCCUAACAAUCCUCAAAGCUUUUAGACAACCAAGCUGCUUUUUACUCCCAACUCCCAACCAGCCAGAACCCCUUUUAUAAGCACUUUGGACGCUUAAUGGCCUUUUGAUGGUGCCUACUGUGUCACACAGUGCCAUCUAGUGGAGACAUAAGGCUAUAGUCAGCAUGUGCGGACACCUGAAAACACUUGUUGAUAACUGUGAUGCAGACAUCUUUGUGAAUGAGAAAAGCUGGCUGUAUGACAGUGUAGGACACACACACACCGUGUGGCAAACAUAUCAGUCCACAGUGGGGUCACCCCGCUCAAAGAAUGUCCUGCAGCGUGAGUGUUAAUCCAGUAAGAUUCAGUGUUUUUACUCUUAAGCUUAUAUGUUGUAUGUAUACAUUCUUCACAGCUCAACUUUUACAUGGUGUUUCACCAGUCAUUGAUUUGGGUCACAUGUUAUGAUUCUGUAUGUAUUUCUUUGAGUUGCUGUCACAGAAGCAAAGGGCUUAAUCCAUGGGGAAAAAAAGAUGCCUAUUUAAACAAAUGAAUAAAAUGAAUGAAAAAAAGGAAACUUGAUUUUUGACGUUUGAUUAACAUAGCUUCCUGGGCAUUAUGGCCACCAGUUUCCUGUAGGAAAGUUUUUAAAAAGUCUGUUCAGUACCCUGAAGGAUCCAUUUUGUUCUCUAAAUGCAGCAGGUUACUAGUCCUCCUCCAUCUGAGAAGUAUCCUAAACUAGAAUAACCAGUUCUCUGUGUAUAAACAUUCUAUCAAUUUUCUAGGCCCACAGUCUUAAACUGGCGAGGCAUCUGCUUCAUGUGCGUUGUAUUUUGAAUUUGACAAAAAGAUAUCAAAGAAACGGCCAUUCUUUCCAUGCGUGGUGUGAUACAAAAGGAAAGGGGAGUGAAGGCUUCGAAUGAUUGAAAGUUUAAACGGCUUCAGAUUGUAUGAAAUUAAUCUGUUUUAUAUGUAGAACAAAAAAGAUGUGGCGUGUAAACCAAGUGUCUAGUAAGACCGCAACAGAGAUUAAUCUUUUAAUCUGUUGUGUUGUGGAUUUUUUUUGUUUUUCCUGCAGUUUCCGAUGGGCUCAUUUUCUUUUGAAUGUUAAUAGUUUUAUUGUCCUUAUAUAGCCUGCUGCUCUGUCGCGUCUCAUUGGAUGUUAAAGUGCAGAGUGUUGGCUAGGGAAGUCAUUCUGAAGUGAAACUGAAGGGGAGAAAGGAAGCUGAGCAGAUACCAAAAUACUUCUUCACUACACUACAAGUGUGUUGCCAUGUGUGCACCCAAAUUAAGCGUGUAAGGAAUAAAACACUGUUGAAAUCUCCUUAAGUUAAUAUAUAGCUACUUGCCACUACUCUGAGUUUGCCUUUGGUCUUGCUGCUCGAGGGGCGUGUGACAGUUCUGUGAGUUUGCAUGCUCUGUCCGGCUUAUUCUAGUUACUCAUUUAUAUUAAUAAAUUUGACCGUUUUUUUUUCUUUGUAAGUAUCCUAAUGAAUUCAGUCUGACUCUGUCUCAUAAGUUGAUUGCUUAGGGGGGUUAUUUUUGAAGUGUUUGAGCACAUAGAAUAUUUUUGGUAACAGCGUGGAGCAUCUGUAAUAUGGAUUUGUGAUACUGAUAAAAGCGUUUGUGGUGACUUUCUGCAGGCUUAGGGACUGUGCUGUUGCCUGUGUUUGAGUGCUCAUUUGCUAGUGAGUACAGUCCUGCCACAGAUGGAAGCCUUUUAUCUUUUGAUCAGCUUUUGCCAUUUGAUCCAUCUUUUUGUUUUGAAGUGCUAAAGACAUUAGAGUGUUUGCUCAAAAAGAGAAUUUAUUGUAUUUCCAUAUUUGUUGACAAAGGUAAACUGACAAUAUCUACAGUAAUAAUAUUUUCCCUCCUGUCAACUAAAACGAUGAUGUUAAAUAAAGGGGAUGAAAUGAAAA